ACGAUGCAUUGCAGUCGCAAUAACCCGGAAAAGAAAACAGAACGUUACGCUGCCCAAACAACAAAAUCAGUAUGUUUUUGUAUUUUUUUAAUUCUUACUCAGUUGUAAGUGAGUUUAAUUGAAUCACAACACCACGAAACAGUUUUUGAGAAGUUUAGAAGUGACGAUCAUGCUCUCGGCAGCUUAGGCGGCGCUUGUUAGCAUUAGCUAGCGGCUGGCUAACUCCGAGGAGCCGAACAACAACAGGCUUGUCGACCCGUAGUGCUGCUGGUUUUAUUUUGGCACAGUUAGUCUUUUAAAGCCACCGAACUCUGCGUGAGUUGGCUCCAGUACAGUAGCCAAGAGCGUGUGCUUCCUCUAAGAUGAGCUCCGAGGAGGCUGCAGCGCCCACAAAAGCCGUCCCGGAUGAUGACGGCAUGACGUGGUGGUACCGAUGGCUGUGCAAGAUAGCUGGCGUCCUGGGAGGAAUAUCUUGUGCCAUUGCAGGGGUGUGGAACUGCAUCACCGUGAAUCCUUUAAACAUCGCCGCCGGAGUGUGGAUGGUGUUGAACGCAUUUGUGCUGUUCCUGUGCGAGGUGCCCUUCUGCUGUCAGUUCAUAGAGUUCGCCAACGCUAUCGCUGCCCGUGCGGACCGCUUCCAACCCUGGCAGAAGGCCUUCUUUUACUGCGGGAUGGCGCUGUUUCCCGUAUUCCUGAGUUUCUCCUUUACCACCUUGUUCGGAAACAGCAUCGCCUUUGCCACAGGAGUCCUGUACGGUCUGGCAUCUUUAGGCAAAAAGGGCGACGCAGUGACUUACGCCAGGCUGCAGCACAACAAGCAGGGCGACGAGGAGAGGAUGACCGGCACGGCAGAGUGAGCCCUCCUGUCGCGCUUUUUCUUCUUCUUCCUUUCCCAAUCUUUGUUGGAGCGCACUCCUUACAGAAGAACGUUCAUCCCUCUCCUGCACCCACCUACCUCCUCCUCUUCCUCCUUCUGUCCUUGCUGUCAUCAAAUUGUAUUUAUUAUUACCUCUUUUUUGGACUUGCAGCAUAAACCAGGAGAAGGUCCGGUUUUGUGUGCUCGCUUUUUCUAAAUUAUUUCACAGUGUGACCCUUUUUUUGGUUCUUUGUGUUGUUUUGCUGCUAUUUUUUUUCCACCAUGUGUUUGUAGUUGCACACACCCUUCUUCAGGACCUGAACACUUUGCUGAUUGUACGAUGUGCUUAUACGACGUAAGAUUUACUUCUUUUUUUUUUAUUAAGCAGCUUAAAACUUAAGUGAUGUCGCCUUUCCUGACUUUGCAGCCUGAAUGUAUUUCGUGUUUUAUUUUUCAUAGCUUUUAUCAUGAAGUCUUAGCAGUUUG